GAAGAAGAGGAGAAUAACUUGCAGGGAUCCGUCCUGCGGCCUCAAAAAUGGUCCUGUGAAGGAAAAGGCACCUGGAGAUCCACAAGAGUCCUUGGACCCAUUUGGAGUUGCUCUGCAGAAGAGAGAAAGGAUGGAGACACAACCUUUUGCAAAGGAGGGAAAUGGAAAAGGCCCGUCAGCUGUUCAGCCUAGGAGCUGUGGGGAGAUCUGGACAAGACCUGGAGAGGAGAUCCUGGAAGUGAAAAGCAUGCUCCCUUCAGAAAUUCAGCCCUGCAAUUUAAGGAGCCUCCAAUACCAGGAGGCUGAGGGUCCCCGAGGGCUUUGCAGCCGACUCCAUGAGUUGUGCAGGCGAUGGCUGAGACCUGAAAAAUACACCAAAGCUCAGAUGCUGGACCUGGUGGUUCUGGAGAAGCUCCUGUUCCUUCUACCCCCAGAGAUGGAGGGCUGGGUGAGGGAGUGUGGAGCAGAGACCAGCUCCCAGGCGGUGGCCCUGGCGGAAGGCUUCCUCCUGAAUCAAGUGGAGGAGCAGAAGGUGCAGGUCGAGUUGCAGUGUUGCGCUGUGGAGAUCAGAGAUCGUGAGGGAAAGAAGAAUCCAUCAAAUCCCCCUCAGGAGUUAUUUUUCAGGAAGAUCCCUUGGGCAGAUCCAAGUCAGGACACCUCAGGAGAAAUGCAAAGAAUGAAGUUUUCUGGUUUUUCUGGUGGACUUCAAAGAGCUGUUGAACCUCCAAAUCAAGAGAGUCUUGUGUCCUUUGAGGAGGUGGCUGUGUAUUUCUCUGAGGAUGAAUGGUCUCAGCUGGAUCCUGACCAGAAAGCUCUGCAUUUGGAAGUCAUGCUUGAAAACCAUAGGAACGUGGUCUCACUGGGUGAUAAUGGACAGGAGAAUCAAGAUUCAAGUGAACUGUUCCAAGUGAUCAAUGCUAAAGGUGGAACUGAUAAAUUUGGAAUUCGAAUGGAAUUCGAAAGCCAUGAGAUAAACCAGUCAAAUAAUUGGAACCAGGAAAGCUCAUCUUCCACUGAUGCUCCGAUGCAAGACUUUCUUGCCCAAGAAGAGAAAAUAAGGAAGAAAUAUAUUGGGAAAAGUAUGAAGCUAAUGAAAUCUAAAUUACAUGUAAACGAACACUAUUUAACCCAAAACAAAGGAGAAGAUGCUAUAAGACACAAUAGACAAAAUUACAAUGGGACAUUCAUUCAUUCUCUUGGAAAUAACUCCCUUACAUCUCAAAAAGUGAUUCACAGAAAAAAGGACCCUUAUCAAUGUUUGGAAUGUGGAAAACAUUUUAGAACAAACAGGCAACUUACUUCCCAUGAAAGGAUUCACACGGGGGAGAAGCUAUACAAGUGCAGAGAGUAUGGUAACAUGUUCAAAAGUGGUAGUAAUCUUAUUUCUCAUAAAAGGAUCCAAGCAGGAGAUAAACCAUAUAAAUGCAUGCAGUGUGGAAAAACCUUUACUCGUAGUAAUGGACUUAGAAACCAUAAAAUGAUCCACACAGGAGAGAAACCAUAUAAAUGCAUGGAGUGUGGGAAAACCUUUACUCAUAGCAAUGGACUUAGAUACCACAAAAUGAUCCACACAGGGAAAAAGCCAUUUAAAUGCAUGGAAUGUGGAAAGACCUUUGCUCAACGUGGUCAUCUUAUUUCCCAUAAGAUGAUCCACACAGGGGAGAAACCAUUUAAAUGCAUGCAGUGUGGUAAAACUUUUACUCGUAUCUAUGAACUUACUAUCCACAAAAAGAGACACAUGGGAGAGAAACCAUAUAAAUGUAUGCAGUGUGGGAAAACCUUUACUCGUAGCAAUGAACUUACUAUCCACAAAAAGAUCCACACAGGAGAGAAACCAUAUAAAUGCAUGGAGUGUGGAAAGACCUUUGCUCUGAGCAGUGUGCUUCGAAACCACAAAAAGAUCCACAGUGGAGAGAAACCAUAUAAAUGCAUGGAGUGUGGAAAGACCUUUGCUCUGGACAGUAAACUUAUGUCCCAUAAGAACAUUCACACAGGGGAGAAGCCAUAUAAAUGCAUGGAGUGUGGAAAGACCUUUGCUCAAAGUGGUAAUCUUAUUUCCCAUAAGAACAUUCACACAAGGGAGAAGCCAUUUAAAUGCAUAGAUUGUGGAAAGACCUUUGCUCAAAGCCGUUAUCUGGCUUCCCAUAGAAAGAUCCACUCGGAAGAGAAACCAUUUAAAUGCAUGGAGUGUGGAAAGACGUUUACUAAGAGGAAUGCUCUUACUUCUCAUAACAGAAUCCAUACAGGAGAGAAGCCAUAUAAAUGCAUGGAGUGUGGGAAGACCUUUGCUCAGAAUGGUAAUCUUACUUCUCAUAAAAGGAUCCACACUCGGGAAAAAGUAUAUAGCAAUAGCAAUUCCACUUCAGACUUAUCUACCACUCCACAAAGCUUUAUAGCAGUCUUUGAGCAAUUUACAAAGUCAGCAUAUUGUCCCCAGAAAUCUAGGUCCUCGUUUUACCGACCUGGCAAAGAUUAAAGGCUGAA